CCACACUGCUCUUACUCAUCCACUACUACAGAGAAUCUUAUUAGAGUGUGUGUUUGCUUAGUACAUUUGUCUUCAAUCCUCUUGUGUUGCUAAGGAAAAUGGCUUACUCAAAGACUUUCCUUCUUCUUGGUCUUGUCUUUGCUGUGGUUCUUCUCGUCUCCUCCGAGGUCUCAGCUCGUGAGCUAGCUCAGGAGACUGUGCAAACUGACACAGUGAAUGAGGACAAGCAUGGUCAUCACCAUGGACACGGACACGGACACAGACACGGACACGGUCAUGGCCAUGGACACCAUGGCAAACCAGGUCAUGGUGCUGCUGGAGAGAAACUUGAAGAGACCGACCAAAAUUAGAUUAAUCCUUUGUCCUACGGUUUCUGAAUGGGUGUGUCUUAUCAAUAUGUGUUACUUGUCUAAUAAGCUUGUAUGCCAAUAAGGUUUAACUUACAACCACAGUAGGUGUAUAAGCUUUAUCUUUGUUUUCUUUGUCAUGUAUGUCCUACUUUUUAUGUAUUAAUAAACGUGCUUGAACUUGUGAAA